UUCUGGUUGAGCUGCUCUGCAGCGCGUCUGUGGCCUGUGUGGUGUCUGGGCCAGACUCGCUCUGCUGCGUCAUGCAGGCCAUCCCACAGAGCCCGAGCACCACGGUAAACAUUCACCAUACAAAAGUACAAAAGUCAGGGCGGCUGUGUUGAGAAUAUAGCUCAGUGCACAACAGCAGGUUGAGAACGCGUUGUGGGAGCCGGUGAUCAACAGCACUUCACAGCUCAGCAUGGCCCGAGUGGAGAGCAGCGACGUUACCUUCUCACAAGGUACACGCAUGCUGUUUUAUCUGAUGACGCCGAAUGAAACUUCAUUCUCAGACGUGGACGACGUGCCGCGGUACGUUCAGAAGGCUACUCCUUUCUUCAUUGGUCUGGUCUUGUUAGAGGUGUUUGUGGGUUGGCUGAAGACUGGAGAGCUGCUCGUCAAAAUCAACGAUGGAACCACAUCUCUCUCAGCAGGAAUGACCUCCAGACUGCCCCAUGUCUUUGUGAGGAGUCUGGAGGUGUCCAGCUACAUCUAUGUUUGGAAUAACUAUCACAUGCUGGAGCUACCCUGGGACUCUGCUUGGACGUGGUGGCUGGCAUUUCUUGGUGUAGACUUUGGAUAUUAUUGGGUUCAUCGAUGCUGCCAUGAGCUGAAUAUUCUGUGGGCCGCUCAUCAAGUUCACCACAGCUCAGAGUACUACAACUUGACCACAGCGCUGCGGCAGUCUGUCACCCAGCAGUGUGCUUCCUGGGUUUUCUACCUUCCAAUGGCAUUAGUAGUUCCGCCAUCUGUCUUUGCUGUGCACAUUCAGUUUAACCUGCUCUACCAGUUUUGGAUCCACACUGAGAUCAUCAGAGAUCUUGGUCCUCUCGAAUGGAUCCUAAACACUCCCAGCCAUCACAGAGUUCAUCAUGGACGAAACCUUUACUGUAUUGACAGGAAUUAUGGAGGAACUCUCAUUAUUUGGGACCGACUCUUUGGAACCUUUACUCCAGAAGGUGAUAAAGUUGUGUAUGGACUCACACACCCUAUUAACACUUUUGAUAUCCUCUCUGUUCAGUUUCAUUACUACUCUUACCUGUGGGAUCAGUUCCUCAAAGCUGACGGCAUUGGACACAAAUUGUCCAUCAUCUUUAAAGGACCAAGCUGGGCUCCAGGGAAGCCUAGACUGGGGGACCAUGCAGAAGUGCCAAUAGUCACAGGAGAGGAAGUGCCACACAAUCCAGUCUGGUCACUUGGACUGCAAGCCUAUGUGCACAUACAGUUCCUGCUUGUGCUGGGUGUUUACAAUGACUUGUUUGCAACACAGUGUUUGCUGUCUCAGACGACCAUCCUGCUCAUAACUGGCUACAUAUUACUUACACUUACCUCCCUGGGUUACAUCAUAGAGCAAAGGCCUAAUGCUGCUGUGUGGGAGGCGCUGCGUUGUCUGAUCAUGAUGGCCCUCUAUAGGUUUGGCUAUGUCAGCCCUGUGGUGUCUCAACUGGCUCUGGCCACUGAGGUUUUUGUGUCUCUCUCUGCUCUCUACUGGGGCGUGCAGUGUUUCACCCAGCUGACAGGCAAGGAGAAGCACCACUGAAUGUGUUAAAUGAACAGACUAAAAGUGUUGCUGUUAUGCUACAUCCUGACUAUGCAGUCUUUAAUUAUAUGCAUUAAUUACUCUGUAUAUGGUAUUUUUCAUUCUGGGAUCAGUGUUGGAGGUGCAGUUUUACUGUGUUUCCUGAUCAUAACAAUGCACACAAUUAUUCAAACAUAAGUGCUAAAUAAUCAGCAUUUGGUACAAUAUGUUAGGUAGAUUAUAAGUGAGGUACUAACAAUGAUUUAGCUUUGCUAGCAUGGCAGUGUACCAAUAGGCUAUUAGCAUUACAUUGCAACCAGUGAGUACAAAAAAUGAAAUGUCUUUUGCCGGCGUUUGUGCUCUCUUUGUGAAAAAACUGGACUAACAUAAAUUUAAUAAAAAAGAAGUUAUCUUAUUCUAUGCACAUUCAAUGCAACUCACACUGGUCUGCUCUACUAUUUCACUGUGUCUCAUAACAGCAUAUCAUACUGUACUGCCAUCUAUUUUUUUACGUUUGCUGAUUUAAGUCAUAAAAAAGUAAUUAUAAUUUCGUGCACAAUAUGUGGGACUUCUACAUCAUGAAAACCUAAAUAUGUCUUUAAUAAUACAUGCAAUAAAAUGUAUAUUUAGGACACACUAAUGUUGAGAGAUAUAAGAUUUUCAACAUGACUUUGUAUCAGAAGUAUCAAAACAUACAAGUAUAUGGGUUUAAAGGGGAAUUUCACAGAUUUUUCAAAAUUUCUACAUAAAUCAGUGAUUAAGAUGUAAACAAAGUCAUUCAGAGUGGUUUGAUGUAAAAUGGUACGUUUAAGAGAAAGUUACAGACUUUUUACAGAUAUUUUGUUUACAGUAGUGGUGAUAGGAGUGUCUACAGAACAAAUAUAGCCAUUUUAUUUACAAUCCAUGAGUUUUUAUUUGUAAGCUUGAUGAAAAAAUAUGUUUUUCUGGGGAAUAUUUUGCCUUACAAUGCCCCACCACCAUGCCAUGAAUGGAUUAAAAUAAAUGGGUAAAUAAGACGUUUAAGGCUGAAACGGCACAAAACUAUCGUAAAACAAUGCAUCAGGCAUCAGGCAGCGUAUUCAUAGCCAUUUUGUGUAAUAACUUUCUGUGAGGGAGCUUUAUAGGCAUUAAACUCUUCAGAUGUCUGGUUCCUAUCACUACCACUGUGAAAAAUUCUAACUCAAUAAGUUACUUUAGAAUGCAGCAUUUCACAUCAAACCACUCUGAAUGACUGUUCACAUCUCAAUUGUUUGCUCCCCUUUAAGAGUGAGUUUCCUAAAGGAUUUAUUAUUAAACGGUUAUCAUAAAAUCAUACAGAGAAUCAUAGAAAACUGUAGUGUGAUCUUAACUCUGUGAUGCUUUCUGUAAACUAGGCUACUAACCCGCACACUUUAACACUUACUCUUUAACUGUAAAUAGUUAAGAAAUAUAACAUUAUACCUCUUGAUUCCAGCCCCUGAGCUUUCUGGGAUAGCAGCAAUAUUGCUCCAAAGAGAAGCAGCUGCAGUAGGGCAGUUUUUUCACAUCCAACACUCAUGUACCAUUUCUCAUCACAAUAAUGGCUUCCAUAUUUGAUAUUUACUGCAGUGUUAAAUGAUAUAUGAACCCUGGUGCACACCUACUUUAUAUACUCUGUAUGAUGAUGUUGAUUUGUAUGAUGUUUGUUAAAUAUUCCUUUAAAAAUAAACAAAUUGCUUAACCUUCUUUA